UUAUGUGAUUUAAGAAUUUCAACGUCAAAAUUAUUAGAUGUAAGAAUGUCUAAAGAUUAUAUGUUUAACAAAAAAUAUCCUUGACAUUAAAAUUUUAAUAUUCCUGAUCUGUUUAUCUCAAUUAAGAGAUCAAUUUAUUAAAGAUAAUGCUUAUCUAACAAAAAUUUUCACAUAUGUUCUUCCUACGUGUGAACAAUGAGUACAGAUGACAGGCAAGUGUUACUAGCGUUAGUAUGUAAAAUGGUGGUCAAACAGAAUAAAUUCCAACUAAAAUACUUGGAGGAAUGUCUAGAAUUGUUCGAAGAGGCUGAUUGUUCGAGAGAAUUGUUGCCUAGCAUAAAAGAUCUGAUUAAAGAACAGUACAACUUCUAUCCAGAAGACAAGAAUCCUUUCGACAGUAAUUUUGUAAGUCCAGUGUUAAAUCCUUUCGAAAACCAUGAGGAGAAUGUGGAAGUUCACGAUAACCAAUACGAGAAAAUUUUGGGAGAGAUACUUCAAGAGGUGGGAGAGUUGGAGGUGGAAGCAAAAAAGUUAGAUGGAAGCAACGAGGGACUAUUGAAAGUGAUGGACAAUUGCCUCAAAUCUAAACUAAAUUUUCUGACUAAAAUUAAUAUUUUUUCUGAGGAACAAAAGGAGAAAGUUAUGACGAAGAUCAGAACGGUUCAAAAAAUUUUAGAAGAGCUACAGAAAAACGUAAAGGAAGAAGAUAAUAUUCAGUGUGAAAAAGAAGAUUUCAAUUUUAUUAAAAAUGAAAGUAAAUCACCCGAUAUGUAAAUAAAUACAAAGGCAAUAAGUAAAA